CGAGAUUCUUUUUUGACAAUAUGCUCUAAGUUUGCCGUUCAGCGAAGCUAUAACAGCGGUUCUUGGCGAACAAUGCCUUUCGUAUAUAAUCCUGAGGCCAUGAGAAAAUCACGCCCAUCUCCCGGGCACCAAUAAAGCCCAAAGCACGACCGGCAUGACAGAUCACCACUCGAAACCCGUUGGCAAAACUGUUGAGUUGUUUACAUCAACAUGGCGGAAUACGGGGAAGGGACAGAAGGGCGACGAAAGUGGUUCAUCCCGCUGGAGAAGACGAUCCUGACAGCCCUGGUCGAGCAGCAGAAAUCGAUCGUCGAGUCAAAGAAAAGAGACGGGGCCUCCAACAGAGAGAAGGAGAAGGUGUGGGAGGUGAUCGCCGCCCAGUUCUCGGCCCAUCCGAACACGCAGCCGAGGACGAGCCGGGAGCUGAGGCGCUGCUGGGAGAAUAUGAAAGCGAGGGCGAAGAAGGCACUGGAGAGUGAUCGAGCAAGAGAAGGAUCUGAAGACAACAGAAACAUUGGUACAGCUGUGACACCAGAAGUGGAAGCAGUUCUGAAUGUCAUCAGCCCAUAUGAUGAUGUGAAGAAUGUUGUGGUAGAUCCACAAGAUAUAGUGCCAGAUUGUCUAAUGCCAGAAGCUUCUGCAACAACAAACUCCAAUAUCAGAAUGGAGAAUUUUCAGACCAGUCAGUCAUCUGCUUCUGACAAUUCCCAGAACUGUGAGCAGCCCUCUUAUUAUGAAAAGCCAAAUGCUGACUUAACUGCCAACAUAGGACCCUCAAGGCGAACAAGAAAACAAAAAAUGGACCAGCUAUGUGAUCAAGAUAUCUUAUUAGCUCAGUUGCAAAUGCAGCAAGCACAGUUGUCAAUAGAAAAUUUAAGACUGGAGAGGAAAACACUUCAGGAACGAUACCAACAACAAAGGGAAGCUCAUGAAUGGCAGAGAGCACAGCAUGAAGCCAACUUGAAUUUAGCCAUGUUGCAAAUCAAAUUUUGGGAAAAGAAAACUGGAUAUGGUGAUAUGGAAACAUGAACUUGGGUCAAGAAAUAUGCUGGGGCAAAAUUAUGCUGAAAGGAUAUUUUGAUCUUUGAAUUGUUGACUAUUGGAAGUAUUAGCAGCAGUUAUGACUGUCAGAUUUAUUGGGAGUACCUGAGUUAAUCAUGAUCUUAUACUAAAUGUUAUAAUAGUUUUUAACUGUUUUAUGUUAUAUAUGGUUUGUAAUAGUGAAUUUAUUAAAAUCUAACUUCUUUGUUGACAACAAAAAUGAGUUUGAUAAUGUGUUACACAUUGUGUAUUUUUGGAUACGUUAACCAUUCUAGUUUUAAUAAGAAAAUAUAUAAGAAUAGACAUAUAUACAAAUACAUAUAUUUUUGUUAUAUUAUGCAUUGUAAUGUGUGCAGGAUGAAAUCCAGAAACUGUAAUGGAUUGCAGUUGUUCACAAAGUAGCUUUACUUCUAAAGUUAGAAGGUAAUGAGUGAUUAUUUACACGAUGAUGCUAAUAACUGGGUAUCUAGUGAUAUUCAGCAAUAUAGAAUUACAAAGGCUUUACAUCAUAGGAAGGGCUGCCAUCUCUGAAUGAGGGAGGCUACAUUACUCCCCUGACAAGCUCAGGGUGACUGGUGCUUAUACUGAUAAACAUAUUUGAGACUAUAAUGGGUAAAUGAUGCUUAUUCAAGAUACCUCAAGAGCUUGCAACUACCAGAAGCAUUUCAUCCAGAUAACCAGAAGUGUACCCUACCUCAGAAUAAAGGUGACUUCUACAAUAUUAGGUAAUAUAAUAUCACUUUUAACUACUUAAUUCCUUCAAUGUAGAUUAUUGAACAAGCUGUUGCAUCUUCCAUAUUAUUUUACCUUAGAAAGGCAGUGAUUGUGAUAAGACAAAAGAUGCAGUGGUGAAGUUUCAGGCACCUAGGCCAGUGUUCACAAAAGGUCAUAGAAUUUACUUUGACAAAUGUUAAGAACUCCUAAAAACAGUCUUUGACUACAAAAUUUAUCUAUGACUCAGUCAAAAGACUUCUUAGAAUUAGUCUCCGCUCUCCCAACACAAAUUCGACAGGCAUGGCAUGUACAUACAUGCCAUGUCCACUGUGAGUUUACUUUGUUUUUAUACAUAGAUUUUCGAAAAUAUUUUGUUAUCAUAUAUAUCCACAACUGAAGUCAAUAAGAUUAUAGUAAUUACAAUGUCUAUGAUAAAAAUAACACCAUGGAUAUUCAUAGCAAUAGUAAAGAAAAUUUCUUCAUGCUAAUUCAAGUUAAGGUAAAAUCAGGCAAGGUCACAAGGUCUACUAAUUGACUCCUUUGUGGCUAAGCAGAGCCAUCUAUGUGCAGAGACAUUUAACAAAAAAAAUAAAAA